AUGGGUGCCGUCGUCUCUUGUGUCCAAUCUCUCUUCCGGACCAUCGGCAAUUGCCUCACCGCCAUCAUCUCGGGCAUCGGAGGUAUUCUCCAAGCCAUCAUCGGCGGCAUCGUCUCCUUCUGCAACAUCCUCAUCAGCUUCCUGACCUGCGGCUACUGCGGCCGCCGUGGCGGCGGCGGUCGUCGCUCGCGCCACACGACUACGAGUCGAAUCUAA